CCAUUUCUAGACCACAGCCAGGGGCAGGGCCCUGAGAGACAGUAUCCUGCCCCUUCCUCAGGGAGGUCGGUUCAAAGGGCACACCAGGAUAGGGUCGCCUGCGCCCUUACAGAAGAUCCUCAGGUCGCAGGUGAUCACUUUGUGGAGGAGAUCACCGCACCUCGCAGCUGCAGUUUGGAGAGGUGCCGCGGGGACGCCAAGCCCUAAGGCUCCCUGGAGCCUCCCUUUAGGGUCCUUCGGGAGCCUGCGCCUGACCGAGGGGGAUCAUACAAGUGCCUGGCAUUGGGGAUGGCUGUGGAAAGUUGGGGGCCUGAGCUGAGAGGCGGAGGAGCACACAACCCAGCGCCAAUGUCCGCGUCUCAUGAAUAUGCACGAACCACCCCCUCCCUUCGUGACGUCACGGGCCGUCCCGGGGUGAGCGCCUGAGCCGCUCCGGUCCGCGCCAGUGAGUGCUGCUGUUGCCGGCAAGCGAGCUGCGCGGUGGAGGGCAGCUGAGGCAGAGGGUGAGGGCGGCGGCGACGGCGCCUGUAGCUCACCCAGAAGCUGCAGCGAGGCGACCCGUGGCGGGCACAGGGGGACACCGGCAGCGAACGUUAGGCUGCGGCGGCGGCGGCAGUAGCUUGGUAGCGGCUCAGGCGGCGAGGAUGCUGCCGAGGAGGCUGUGCUUGGUGCCGCUCCUGCUGGCGCUGGGCGUGGGGAGCAGCGGCGGCAGUGGCGACGGCGGGGACAGCCGGCGGCGCCGCCUCCUCGCGGCGAAAGUCAAUAAACACAAGCCAUGGAUUGAGACAUCGUAUCAUGGGGUCAUCACGGAGAACAACGACACAGUCAUUUUGGAUCCUCCACUGGUAGCCCUGGAUAAAGAUGCCCCAGUGCCUUUUGCAGGGGAAAUCUGUGCAUUCAAGAUCCACGGGCAGGAGCUGCCCUUUGAGGCUGUGGUGCUCAAUAAGACAUCUGGAGAAGGCCGGCUCCGCGCCAAGAGUCCCAUCGACUGUGAGCUGCAGAAGGAGUACACGUUCAUCAUCCAGGCCUAUGACUGCGGUGUGGGGCCCCGGGAGGCAGCCUGGAAGAAGUCGCACAAGGCUGUGGUCCACAUCCAGGUGAAGGAUGUCAAUGAGUUUGCUCCCACCUUCAAAGAGCCAGCCUACAAGGCCAUCGUCACAGAGGGCAAGAUCUACGACAGCAUCCUGCAGGUGGAAGCCAUCGAUGAGGACUGCUCCCCCCAGUACAGCCAGAUCUGCAACUAUGAAAUUGUCACAACAGAUGUGCCUUUUGCCAUCGACAGAAACGGCAACAUCAGGAACACAGAGAAGCUAAGCUUUGACAAACAACGUCAGUAUGAGAUCCUGGUAACCGCUUAUGACUGUGGACAGAAACCUGCUGCUCAGGACACCCUGGUACAAGUGGAUGUGAAGCCAGUGUGUAAGCCUGGCUGGCAAGACUGGACCAAACGGAUUGAGUACCAGCCUGGCUCGGGGAGUGUGCCCUUGUUCCCCAGCAUCCACCUGGAGACGUGCGAUGGCGCCGUGUCUUCUCUCCAGGUCACCGCCGAACUGCAGACUAAUUACAUCGGCAAGGGCUGCGACCGGGAGACCUACUCCGAGAAAUCCCUUCAGAAAUUAUGCGGAGCAUCCUCGGGCAUCAUCGACCUUUUGCCAUCCCCUAGCGCGGCUACCAACUGGACUGCGGGACUGCUGGUGGACAGCAGUGAGAUGAUCUUCAAGUUUGAUGGCAGGCAGGGUGCCAAGAUCCCCGAUGGGAUUGUGCCCAAGAACCUGACAGACCAGUUCACCAUCACUAUGUGGAUGAAACAUGGCCCAAGCCCUGGCGUGAGAGCCGAGAAGGAAACCAUCCUCUGUAACUCGGAUAAAACUGAGAUGAACCGGCAUCACUAUGCCCUGUAUGUGCACAACUGCCGCCUCGUCUUCCUCCUGCGGAAAGACUUCGACCAGGCGGAUACCUUCCGCCCUGCAGAGUUUCACUGGAAGCUGGACCAGAUUUGUGACAAAGAGUGGCAUUACUAUGUCAUCAAUGUGGAGUUUCCUGUGGUCACCCUAUACAUGGAUGGAGCAACAUAUGAACCAUACCUGGUGACCAAUGACUGGCCUAUUCAUCCAUCUCAUAUAGCCAUGCAACUUACUGUCGGCGCCUGUUGGCAAGGAGGCGAAGUAGCCAAACCACGGUUUGCACAGUUUUUCCAUGGCAGCCUCGCCAGCCUCACGAUCCGUCCUGGAAAAAUGGAAAGCCAGAAGGUGAUUUCUUGUCUGCAAGCCUGCAAAGAAGGGCUGGAUAUUAAUUCCUUGGAAAGCCUCGGGCAAGGAAUAAAGUAUCACUUCAACCCUUCACAGUCCGUCCUCGUGAUGGAAGGUGAUGACAUUGGGAACAUCAACCGAGCCCUCCAGAAGGUGUCCUACAUCAACUCCAGGCAGUUCCCAACAGCAGGGGUUCGGCGCCUCAGACUCUCUUCCAAAGUCCAGUGCUUUGGGGAAGAUGUGUGCAUCAGCAUCCCAGAUGUGGAUGCCUACAUCAUGGUCCUGCAGGCCAUCGAGCCCCAGAUUACCCUCCAGGGAACAGAGCGCUUCUGGAGACCGGCUGCCCAGUUUGAAAGUGCCAGAGGAGUGACUCUCUUCCCUGACAUCAAGAUCGUGAGCAGCUUUGCCAAAACGGAAGCCUCCGGGGACACGAGAGCCACAGGCACAGCCCCCAAAUCGUCAGUCUUGGAAGAAAUGCUACACAACUUGGAUUUCUGUGACAUUUUGGUACUUGGAGGGGACCUGGAUCCGAGACAUGAGUGCUUGGAGCUCAACCACAGUGAGCUUCACCAACGACACCUAGAUGCCACUAACUCUACAGCAGGCUACUCCAUCUAUGGUGUAGGGUCCAUGAGCCGCUACGAGCAAGUGCUGCACCAUCUCCGUUACCGCAACUGGCAUCCCACUUCCCUUGAGACCCGGAGGUUCCGGAUCAAGUGUUCAGAACUCAAUGGGCGUUACACUAGCAAUGAGUUCAACCUGGAGGUCAGUGUCCUCCAUGAAGUCAGAGUCUCUGAUAAGGAGCACGUCAACCACCUUGUUGUGCAGCCACCCUUCCUUCAGUCUGUCCAUCACCCUGAGUCCCGGACUAGUAUCCAACGCAGCUCAGUGGUCCCGAGCAUCGCCACAGUGGUCAUCAUUAUCUCUGUGUGCAUGCUGGUGUUCGUGGUGGCCAUGGGUGUCUACCGAGUCCGAAUUGCCCACCAGCAUUUUCUCCAAGAGACUGAGGCCGCCAAAGAAGCUGAGAUGGAUUGGGAUGACUCGGCCCUGACGAUCACAGUCAAUCCUAUGGAGAAACAUGAAGGACCAGGGCAUGGGGAAGAUGAGACUGAAGGAGAGGAAGAAGAGGAAGCAGAGGAAGGCGUGAGCUCCAGCAGCAGUGGCUCUGACGACAGCGAAGAGGAAGAGGAGGAAGGCACCGGCAGAGGCAGACACGGGCAGAGUGGCACGAGGCAAGCCCAGCUGGAGUGGGAUGAUUCCACUCUCCCCUACUAGCUCCCACAGCUCUGCUGACCAACCUGUGUGCCCCUUUUGUAAAGCCCAACCCAAUGCAUACCCCAGCCUGUCACACUCGCCUCUGAUUUCUAUGACAGGUCUGGGAAGGCCAUCGGCUUCCCGGAAUCUGCCCUCUGUGGUUUGGGUACUGCUGGUGUCCCAGCCGUAGGGCAGUUCCAAGAGCCCAGUGUCACCAUCAGUGAGGACUUCAGGAUGGUUCCAUUGUCCUGUAGCCCUCACUGCCCUGGGCUCACCCAGAAUCCUGUCACUCACCCAGUCUACAGAGUUCUGAACACGUUCUUUUCUGCAGGGGAGAAGUCCACCUUUGUCACUUACCACCCCAAAGUUAGUGUUCUCAGACUCCUUGGGUUGUAACUCACUGUGUAUGUACUUAACUAAACAGCCUUUCUCCACCUACACCAGCAGGUCCUCCCUAGGUUUGGUCUCCAGGUUGCUUUUUACAGGGAGGGCAAUGGAAUCUCAUAAACCUAAGGUCUUAGAGCUGAAGAAUUGAAAAGAAAGCCUUUGUUGAGGCAGAAUUGAGUUUCCAGGGAAGGGUUCAUAGGAUACCUGUACAUGUACAAAUAACACACACAAACACACACAUACAUACAUACACACACACAGAGUUCCUAGCUUUGAGAGCCUUUUCUUUUUACUUCUUUCUAAGACUACAUAAACUAGUAUAAAAAAGUUCAAAACCAAAAGUUAGUUGGUCUUUGACCAUAAGUAGCGUGGAUCCUCAUCAAAGGGCUUACUGACCAGCGUUCGGACCUGCCUAGGGAUGCCUGGGUAAGUGGGGCGGCCCUGUCGGGGGCUAUCACCAAACAGAACCUCGGGGCCAAGGAAGCAUGUCACACAGGCACUGCUCGGGUGACAGCUUAAGUUUGGCUAUUGUCAGGAGCCCGAGAAAGGACUAAUGGGGUGACCCAGCAAGGUUCAUAGUGGCUGGAAAUCUGCUUUGACAGGGGGUUGGUAUGGUUGGACUCCCCUAGAUAAGGGCAGCCUGAAGGUUGACAAGGCUGCCACCACCUAGCCUGUGGUCCUUUAUCUCCUAGGUUACUGUUUUCUCUCGAGGAAAUAACAUCAUUUUCAGAUGUAGUGGAACAAAUAUGGGCUUUUGCAGUCUGCGAUGGAAGUUGGGAAAUUUAACUGCUAGGAAUUCAAAGCGUAUUCGUAAUAAUAGCAGCUGCUUCUUUCUUCUUCUCAUAAAAGGAGGGACGCUUUGAAUAGGGGGCAAAUAUAUCAAAAUCCUAAUUUCUUGUUUCUUUUUCUUAUUUUAAUAAGGAAGACUUUUCCAUCUCCAUUCUAACAUGGGCACGUCGUGAGGAGAAUUGUUGCUAUAGUAACUGGUGGACAAUCUUUUGCGGCCAAGAGAAUAGCAGGCAAGAAUGAAGGCUGUGGCAAGGGCCCCACAAGGCUUUGAAAACAUGUUUGCUCCAAACACCUUGAGCUCCUCUUGUUCUCAAUCUGUUUAGGCCAUCCUCCUCAUCCCACUCUUCCCCAGGCCCAUCCUAAAUUGGCUCGGUCCCCGUCCACUGUCAGUUUCUCGUCACAUAACUUUGGGGUUGAACUAACUAUUCCCCCAUGCCAUUCAACAGAACAUUCGGAGAGUGGCUGUGACUGAUGUCAUCCAGUCCUCUGCUCAGCCCUCUGGGCAGUGAGAAUCCAUGCCAGGUCUCCGCCAGCUUCCAGCUGGAGAGAUCUACCGCAUGCUGUAGUUCCGUCUCCUGGAGCGUUUCAUGCACACCUUCCCUUUCUUGAGCCUCCAAGUAACCUUGGGAAAUAUUUGAGAAAUCUGUUAGGGGGUAUGUUUCUGGGCUGAGUAAACUGAGGAUCAGAGUCAGUGUCCUGCUCAGAGUCCGUUCGGAGGUAUAGACUGCCCUCUGUUUCCAGUCCAUGGUUCUACUUAUGUCCGUAUUAACAUACGUUCCUGGGUACCCAGUAUGUGCUAAGCACUCUCCAGUGGGGAGGGUAUGAAGCUGAAGGAGACAGGCCUUUCCCCAUAGAGGACCUGAGAGUUACAGAAGACACACAAACAAGCCUGGGAAUUACACAGGAGAAAGGAGAAGGAAGUGACAGAAAACACAGGGUGAACAGGGACACAUUUACCAACUCAAUCAGUGCCCUAAUUUUUCUUUCUUGGAAGAAACUUGAGAUUUUAUAUUCAUUGCUGGGAAAUAGACACAUCUCUCAUGAAUUACCCCCAAUCAAAUGCCCCUUUUCUGUUAAGCACUUUCUGCACAUUUACAAGGGGAAAAAGUCUACAGGACCAGUUAGGGCUUCACAAUCCCAUUAUUUAAAUAAAAAGACAUUCUUCAGUCAGGCAUUUUAGAAGCUACUGAAUUCUCCCAAAAUUAUGGCAGUAAAGGGAACACUUUGUAUGUUUAAAACCAAUCCUUUCUGAAUGAGAUUUUGAUUGCAAAUAUUUAAGUCUAGGGUUUAUGAGAGUGCUUUGUUCUGCUCUGACUUUUCAGUCCGAUUGGGUAGAACGCUGUUCUCGUGCCCCGGGCUACCUCUUGUGGUUGCAUUGCUCAUUCAUGGUUAGGUGAACUGUUUGGAGUAUUAGAAGACCUUUAUGUUUUGUAUGAGGUGGAGGAGGGGAAAGCAGAUGGAGGUUAGGAAGCAUUAGGAUAAACCAGCAAAGAUGUGUCAUUGCAGGAGGCAUUUGGUGGCUGGACUUAUUUGCAGGGAAAUGAUGAUAACAAGACACGAAAGCCUUUCCCUCCUCUGGCAGUGCACAAGGUCAUUCUAUAUGCCAACUCCAAAGCUGAGACAUCUAAAUGAUGCUACUGGGACCAGAGGCAUUUAUCCUGUUCCUAACACUCACUUGUUACCUUGGGUAAGAUCAAGGAGGGGUUGUGGUCAUAAAAUAACCAGGUUUAGCAGGCAUCCAGGUAAGUGGUAGGUAAUGGCAUAUGCCUUCCACCAGAUAUUCUGGCCAAAAGGGUAAGAUGUUACUCACACUGGCAUUUCUCAGGCUCUGUAGGGUGGUUUUUUGAAACCCGAACUCCCAGAUGAUUUGGACACUGUGACUUCUCAGGGACAGAUGAGCAGUCAAGGAGGGGCAGACUCAUUCCCAGGAGAGGCAGCUGAUUGGUUUGGCCACAGACUAGUCCAUUGGUUAGCUGGCCAAAUGGACAACCUGAGUCUGCUAUUCAGAGCUUGGAAAUAGGUUGAGCCUGAAAACAGGUAGACUGCCAUGCUCAGGCAACCUAAAAGACAGAGAGGAUGAGAAAAAGGAGGAUGAGGUCAGAAGAGACAGCACAGAGUGGAUUGCCCCACUGGAGAAAAGCCAUGAAGCCCAUUGAAGAAGUCUCUCCAGGAAAGCUGAUUGUAUUCUAACAGAUUUAAACAAAUACUAUCAGUCUGGCCAAGGCUCCAAGUCACACAGAUGCAAAAUCUGUGAUUUCUGUGAGAACUUUCUUCAAUUAGCCAUCCGUCCGCCAUGCUUAGUUUAGACCAUGAUUCCAGGGACCCGGAGUCUCUAUGAAGGCGACCUCUGCUAGUGCCCCCUUCCUGUGCAUCAGAGAUCAACAGCUUAUGUCUGGAAAGAUCCAGAAAGGAGAGACUUAGGGCAGUAAGCAUUUGUUCUCUCUGUUGCUCCUGUUGAGUCCCACCUUAUGGCAUGAAAGAAGCCACUGACAAUACCCAAACAGAGACUUUCCAAUUCAUUUCUCCAUCAGCUUCCCUGGAAAGUUGAUUUAUGAUACUGAAAAAAAAAGAGGAAAUUUGAACUCAUUGAAUUCAAUUCUUGUCAUAAAGCUUUUACUCUCUUUAUUUCUCAUUUCCCACACAAAACUUAGCCUGCAAGACAUUGAAAAAACUAGCCACCAGGUAAAUCCAUGUGAGUACCCACAAUACACAGGAAGUAACCCUCCAUUUCCCAGGAGAAAAACUAUACCAGCGUGCCUCUAUCAGCUCCCUAGUGGUCGGUGCCUUGAAUUGAACAGCUGGAAAACACUAGGUUCUUCCUGAAAACUCUCUGAGAAGUUCACAGAAUAUUGGAGAAAAUAAAUAAAUAAGCAAACCAACAGAAAUCCCACUUGUUAUUUUUGAACUGAUCAAAUCAGACAAAUAUCCCCAAGGGUCGGAUGCCUUGGACCCAGGGAACUGGCUAAUCACUGAGCACUGACUAUCUCCUCUGCUGAAGCAGGAGCUAACUCCCCAGGCUCGGCACCUUCCCAGCAGGGCUCAGUCCAUAAUGAUUUCCAAGCAGAAGUGUUCAUUAUCUGGGACUGAUUUUCAUUUCAGCCCUGUUCAUGUCUUCGCUCUAAAAAUGAUACUAAAGACCUGUGGCUGUUCGAAUCAAUAGCAACACAAUCAGCAGAAAGCCCUACCCGGCACACUUCAAAAUUAACCGUCUUCUUGCCUCCAUGACUCGAUAUUAGCAGCAAAGAAAGGAGUGCUUUUUCUUAAUCAUCUCCCCCAUUUAAAUUAAUCAGAUUGGCUUUGCAAAAUAAAUAAAUAAAUAAAUAUAAAUAAAAAUGGGAGGGAACAAAUCUAAUUCUUUAGAAGAAUUUGCCAGUGAAUUGUAGAUGAUGUUCACAUAACAUGUAGCCUCUGGGGGUUCCCAGACUCUCCUGCAAUGUGCUCAGGCAGUUGCGAUGGCGCAGGCGUCUCGAUCUGGGCCAGACAUUUAUCGAGGCUGACAAGCCAAAGCCCUUGGCACGGUUUAAUUUUCAUGUAACCGCUUUCCGUUGUCCAGCUGCAGGGAGAGGAAAUGAGCAAUGCCAGCUUAGAAGUCAACUCCAGCACCCUCGUUUGACUGUCUUUAUUUGUUCUGCGUUAGCUUCCUUCCAACACUGGUGGAAAGGGAGAGUUGGUUUUAGAGGAGCUAGGGCGUAGGAGCCAAGCUUGACUUUGUCCCAUGGUAACAAAGGACACAGAAAGGACCUCCACAAGCUUCUCAGAGAACAGUCAGAUGGCUGCUGUGUCAGUCUGUUAGCUGAUGGGAGUCUCUGUGGUUGUGUUCAACCAAUUCAGCAAGUCCUCUCUGAGCACCCGUGAGGGCGAGACUCAAAGUUGGGGCAUGGGGAAGAGAGAUUAAAUGAAAUAGACACUUGCUCGUGAGGAUACCCGGUCUUGCAUGCCAGAGGCGUCCACAAGCAGUUAGGAUGGUCAGGGGUAGAAUAUAAUUGCUUUGCAGUCACCUGCUUGAAGUUAAAAAGAUCCUAGGGGUGCUGAAGGGCCUCCAUGAAAAGACAGAGAAGAUCUUUAGGGAAGUGAGCACUGUGCUCUGCAAUGCUCCUUCAUUAUCAGGGUUUAGAUCACUUAUAGAAGAAAGCCUUUCCCUCCAUGCCCAAAUAAUAUGACUGAUGGCUAAGAUUUGGUGAAACUAAGACAGAGGAGCCGCAGCCAGGCAGAGCGGACAGGUUAUGAAAGGGGGGGGGGUGUAAGAGGGUGGGAGGCUGACAGCCAAAGCCAGCCUGAUGUGAGCGUCCUCAUGCGAAGGCCGGAGCUCUGAAGGCUCCGCGGAGAUUUGCUCACCGUGUCCAGUCCUCUGGCUGUGUGAUUUGUACGGUGAGGACAGCAGCAGUGCCGUGGAACUGGGAAGGCAAACUCCCCAGGUGAGGUUCAGCAAACUGUGUUCUCUAGUGUGCUGCUCAGGUAGACUAGGGGUCGAGAACCGUUGCUGUGGAGGAAGAGACCAGCGUCUGCUAGCAUUUGGGAGGGGCUGCUAACAAUCGGAGAAAAUAACCAGCUCCUACUACAGUCCGAGAGGAAAACAGAGCAGGGCCCCAAUUCACACCCCUAGAGCAAUAAUUUCAAAGAACCGAGUCCCAGUUCCAAUUUCUCUCCUCUGCCUGGGUGUGAGGUGAUCCCUGCCCACGUGUCCCUUCUACAGUAAGGAGGGACACUGCCUAGGAGGGCUGUACUGAAGUCACCCAGCCCCAGGGAGGCCACCUACCCAGCUUGCCCAGUUCCUGGCCUAUAAAGCCUGUUUUGUGUGGAAGCAAAGAGGCUGCAGGGAGGAGCCCAGGCCACUAGGAGGCCACUUUGCUCUCCGCGUGCAUCCCGGAGAACAGGGUCCUUCAAGGACACUCCCAGGUUGCUACAUCACUAUUCAUUUGUAAUGAGACUGGGGGAACACAGUCACAAAGCAAACAUUAAAUUGGAUGGGGAAUGGAUUGCUUCUCUUGGCAGGACAGUAAGCCAUGUUACUAAAAAUAGAAAAAAACCUAACAGCCAAACCAGCAGCUUUAUCUACAGUGGGAAUCUCAUUCCUGUAGUCUAGGUAAGCACCAGGCCCCAACCAUUGCCCUUUGCUUGAAUGACCAGAUACCUGGGCCUGAUUUCCAGCAUAAGAUCUAUGGUACAAGCACCAUAAACCCUCAGCUGGAACUCCUUACUGUUUUACCAGUUACCAUGCCUGUGAUCUAAGUCUACACAUCGAAAUCUCAGGGUCAAGGUCAGAGGUGAGGGCACAUAAGCCAAGAGACCCCAUCAUGCUCAGAAACGUCCCUCCUCACAGAUGCUUCCCUGAGCCCCCUAAGGACUCCAAAAGGAGCCUGAAAUUUCACAUCUUUAGAAAGUUAGAAUCUACCUUUUUCAUUAAGUAGAAGAAAUGGGAGCGGAGGAAAAAAAAAUGUAGGACAUGCCUGUUAUUUACCUGUGGGAAGCAAGAGAAAACCAAGUAGAGGAAAUUUUCUUUUACAGCCUGGCCUCUCAGAGUGAAAUCCCUGCUGACAACACUUCUGUCCCGACACUUAAGGCAAUUUUGUGUUUCUCUUACACACCAGCCAUUUGCGAUGAAGGCCUCCAAAGGGAUAGAACAGAAAGAGAUGGAAAGUAGUCCUGGAAGAAGGAUGCUCAUUGACAGGUUUGUUCAGGCAGGGCAAGGAGACAGUUCGCCCUUGGAGCAGGAGAUCAGAUCCAGCCAGGGUAUUGGGGGAAAGGAGAGACCACCCAGGAAGGAGACACGUGGAGCAGUCAACAAGCAGAAUAUAUGAACCGGUAGUUCUGAGCUAGUGACAUGGUAAGCCUGAGGUAGCACCACCCCCAAGAGUCACAGUCUACCUUCCCAGAAUACCCUAGAAAACAAGACCUAUGGAAUCAGUAUAGACCCUCCCUACUUUUCCUACCUCCACUUGCCUCUUCCCUUUUAUACUGAGCAUUUCGGGAAUAGACAUGGCACGCAAACACAUAACUAUUGAGGGUUCUUUCCCCCAGCAGAACGAGCUGUCAGAAGACGAAGCAAAGAGGUAAUAUCUAUCUGCAAAGGCAGAGAAUCAGCCCACGGAUUUUAGGUAGAGACUCCAGCACUCCUGUGGGAAAGGGAUGGGGGUGGACAAGAAAGUAGCCUCUGCCCUCUGGAAGGAUUCCUGGGGCAGGGGUUAAGGGAGUUCAGUGGUAUCCAUGAGUCACAUAGCCUAGUAAAAUGCAUGCAUUCAGCUUCGGAGGCAAAAGCACAUCCAUUCUGGCCAUCAGGGAAUGCUGGGGUGUGGCUCUCGCCACUAUGCAAUCUCCAUGAUACAGCCCGGAGGAAAUAUUGAUGGCACUCUCACAGGAAUAGUCCCAAGGGUGGAAAUAGAGCAUAAGUUUUGAGGAAAGGAAGUUAGUUGUGGCACCCAAGUAAAUUGCUUGUAAAGGAAGGGAAGAGAUGUUGACAGAGAAGGUGAUGGAGUUGGAGAGGGAACAAGUUGAUUAGGAGUGAUAGAAGGGGGAGCAACCAAGAAGCGAGGGUACUGCUCUGUGCUUACACUUACAUUCAUGUGUCAAAGAAAUCAUGGGUAAGUGUAACCAUGGGACCACAGAGGCAGUCACUGCAAUGGUUUUACAAGUCAGAGUCCCUUGAAGUGGAUGACAGAUCAGUCUGCCUUCCAGGUUUCCGUAUGAUCUGCUUCCGAGAAAGAGCAGUUGGUGCUCUGAGCUGGAUAGGCAUAGCUGGGGAUUGGAGCAAACUAGGUGGAGAAUAGAAAGAAGAAAGCUUACAUAGACGCUGGCUGUACCCAAGGAAACCUAUAGUUACUAGAGCGGAGUUUGUUAUGUUAUUGCGUGGGCAUUGUAAUGUAUGUAAGGAGGCAUCAUAAUGAUACGACGGGCCAUUAGUUUAAGGAAUUAGAAUAUUAAGUAUAAGAUACCAGACAUAACUAGAUGAAGGGAUACUGAUAAUAUAUAUGUAUGUACAUAUAUGCAUAUCUAUAAGAUGGAAAUGAGAUUUAUAAAGAGAGGUCAUUAGUCCCAACAGAUUUUAAUCCUCCAGAAGCCUUAGGUUAUUCUUAUUGUUAUUUGCUUUUAGCUCUCAAAACCCUGGAAAAAGCACCUGGAACACAGCAGGAGUCGUAAACAUUUGGAAGUGAAGCACGUAGCUUGUCCCUACUUGGUGAAGACAGAUCACAAAACCCCAUAUUGACUGAGCCAUACAGAAGCAGGUUGACCACACACUUCUCCUAGCUUACAGAUGCCUUUGUGAAUUCCCAUUAGUCCACACAGUACUCAGACAGCUACAGACACUGGGUCUGGAUCUCUGACAGUGAACAGUGACAGUGGCUUACACACAUUUAGAACUAUCUGAAUAAUACCCGCAAUGCUGUUUCUGCAGGAUAGAGUCUGCCCACCCUACCAUUGUCUCUGUCUUUCCCUAUGGACUUGAUAGGUACUAUUUAAUCUACCAUCUUCAGUCAUGAUGUUGGGAUGAAAUAUAAAGAUUCUGGGUACAGCCAAUCUCAGGCCCUUCCCUCCUCCCAUCUCUGGAGAUGAUGUCACCAUUUAAAAACCUUGUGUGAGAAGCCUGUUUGUUUGAGCCUGUUGAGCCUGUUCCUCAACCUCAGUGAUGGGAAAGGCCUGAGACAGACAGGCUGCUUGCUCUACUGGAGCCUCUCUGGGGUCCACCCUGCAGAGAGACAGAGCACCCUCAUUUAUGGAUCCCCCCUUCCACCCACUCCUGACUGGGCAGUGCCCAUUAGGCCUGUGCAGCUGGAGUGUCUAUAGCCAGAGCCAGCUUCACCUGGGGAUUGUCCAGCGUGUUCUUGGCACACAUGUUCUGAGCCACUUGAGCUGCCUCCAAGAAUGAAUCUUCUUAGUCUACAAAUGUAUUUAUUUGGUAACUAUGCUACUGUGUGUGUAUGAGUCUGAUACAAUGCAAAAGCUUUGAAAUGUCUUAUUAAAAGAACUUAUGAGUUUAUAGAAAAUUGAAUCUAACUUCAGAACAGUGCGUUAUGUUGUCGGUCAAUAAGGUUGCCCAGCCACAGGGGACCCGAGGAAAACCUUAGCCUCCCACUCCUUUCCUUGGUCCCUUCUCCCUGCCUAAUUGCCCUACUAGAGUCUAACUGAUGCAGAGUGAAGGAUGCUGAGAGCGUACAUGUACAUAAAGAUUUAAUAGAAAAAUAAACUCUGGGAGAAUCAGUUGAGUUUCUUCCCAUGGCUGUGAUCUUAUCAUGCCCGAAUCCCAAACUCUAAAUUUCUAACAGUUUCGAUUCUUGCAGUCUCUGAGUAAUUUGUUAAAUGCCUAUUCAACACAGACAGAUAUUUAUUUUCAGCCUUGGCUUGUAAAUGCCUACAAACUGAUUCAUGUUGGUGGUCGUUACGACACUUCUGUGAAUUGGUGAAUAAAUAUGAUUUUAGAAUU